AGAUUGAUAGCCUUCUCGCGGUGUUUUUGUCGCAUUUUGCUAGGCGAACUACUCCGUACAUUUGUCUUCUAUGUACCCUGGAAGCUGUUUCUCUUGUUGUAUGCAGCUUACAAGUACGCGAUCAUCUGCCUGGCCACAGCGAUGUAGUAAGAAUGCAGUUGCUUCCUUCUUAAGCAAAGGUCAUUCAUAUUUUGCUAGAUACUAAGAAUAAAACUACCCAUAAGCGGGUCUCAUGACAGGGCUAGUUCCAGCUGAAAGUCGUCAUCAAUUAAACUGCCCCAGUUGAGCUUCCAUAUUUUAGUUUCAUUUGGACUUCAUAGUCGUUCCAUCUUUGACAUUCUCUCUUCUCACUCUUUCUAUUUGUCCCGUGAACUGUGACAUUCCUAUCCCAGUUUCAAAGAGUGCACACCACAGCAAUGGGGGUAAGUAUUGCCAUCAUCUUCAGAAAUAUGCCCCGCGUCUGCCCCGCUCUCCCUAAACGGAGUUUGUUUGUCUGAAAUGGAGGGUGAUGAGAGGUUGUCAGUCGAUCAAAACAAGGACAGAUAUAAGGCUGUGUACGACGAUGACGAUAACGAUAAUAAUGAUGAUGAUAUAUCAACCCUCUACUCACUGAAGACUGACGAUUUACUUGCUUCUGCAUACAGUUUGCCUCCAAAAUCGCCAACGCUCAAAACAACCCGCAGAAGAUGAGCGGUGCUUAUUCGGGAGCUCCGCCCGCUGGCUACCCAGGAGGUCCUCCUGCAUCGCUGCAGCCUGGUGCUGGUGGAUAU